AAACAUUUUAAACGUGAAUGGGUUAAAAUAAUAUUUUUCUCAAGGUUUAAAGAAAAACCUUGUAGAAAAAACUUUGGUGUUUUGGGUUUAAUGGGUUAAGUUAUUAAUAUUCAUAUUAUCAUAAACUUUGGGUUUUGGGGUUAUAUUUUUUUCUAUUUUACAUUUAUAAAUAAAACAUUCAAGAUGUGGAUCUUAAAUUUACAGAGGUCGUACAAAUAUAUCAUGUACGCCACAAAGAGUCCAACACUUCGCAUCGAUGAAUCGGAUUUGAAAUGUCGGAAUGGCUGUGGAUUUUAUGGAAAUGCAGAGUGGGAUGGAUAUUGUUCGAAAUGUUAUCGAGAUGUUGUAAUGCGUGAAAGACAACGUAAAAAUGGGUCUGGUCAUAAAUCGAAUUCAACUUCAUCACCGGCACCUUCGGUGUCCGGCUUUUCAAAAUUUGAAAAGAAAAAACGUCAACAAGUGCAAAGAACUCAAUACUUAAAAUCGGUUUUCCAGAAAUCGUCAAUUUCUAAAGAGAGUGGACGGUCCGAUAUCCAUUUAGAAUUACACCAACCAAAUCCAGAUUUAGAAAAAUUAAAAAUUGAAUACUUGAGUGGUUUUUCUUCAUUGAGUAGAGAAGUUCAUAGCGAUAUCCGACAAUGCAUUAAAGUAUUCACAAAUCGUAUGAUCAAUUCAUUGGAAAGUCGCAGUAUUGAUGAAUUAAGUGAAAUUGCACAAAAUUUCUACAGUAACUUUGGUAAACGUUUGGAUAAUUCUCCAAUUUAUCAAGAUGUUACAAAUGAAAUGAGAGAACAACUAUUGGAUUUUUUUGAAAAGUAUUCAAUAACAUCGUUAUACAGGCAUUUAUUCUGCCCUCCAUCUACGUCCGAUGAAGAAAAAGAUUUAGCCAUACAAGAUCGUAUUCGUACAUUAAGUUGGGUAAAUGCAUCGCAUCUCGAUUGCCGUAUUAGUGAAACAAAUGCCGAAGUACGCGAUCUUGUGUACACAGCUAUUACUGAUUUGUUGAGCAUGGAUUCUGUAAAAGCUCCUCAAGACAAACUACAGUGUGUUGUGAAAUGUUGUAGAAGUAUAUUUUUAUUACUUCGACAAUGUCAAGGUGGAGCAGCUAGUGCCGAUGAAUUUUUACCAGCUCUGAUAUUCGUUGUAUUAAAAGCGAAUCCAGCUCGAUUAAAAAGUAAUAUCAAUUUUGUCACAAGAUUUUGUAAUGCUUCGAGAUUAAUGCAAGGUGAAGGUGGAUAUUUUUUUACAAAUUUGUGUUGUGCAGUAUCAUUUAUUGAAAAUCUAACAGCUGAAUCAUUAAGUAUGCCAGAUGAUGAAUUCGCAUCAUACAUGUCUGGUCAAAGAGUACCAACUAGUGCUUGGGAAUCCGCUCUUGCGGCUUGUGAAGGUAUGCAUUUGAUAAGUGAACACUUAAAACUAUUAGAUGAAUUAUCAACGAGAAAUGAUAAAAUAAUUGAUGGCUCAGCAGAAUUGAAAAAGAAAAUGUUACAAUUUCAAGAAGAUAUUGCACAAAAAGUAGCAAAUGUAAUCGAACGAGUUCCAUUAGAGAUAAAACCUCGAAAAAUACCAACAGAUUUAGAUACCCAAGAUAGUGAACUAUCCAAAUCAUUACCUUCACCAAUAAUUCCACAAAUUGUGCCAGUUACAUCGGCUGAGAAUAAUAACACUGAAACUCAUUGUCAAUUUUAUGCACAAAACUUACAAUUGCAAGGAGAUUUAAAUUUUUUAGAGACAGAUAAGAAGGGUAAAUUAGUAGAUGAUACUAUACCCGAAUCAAAAAUGAAUCCAUCUUUAAGCUCCGAUUUCUUAUCCCCUUCUCCAUUAGAGUUUAAAUCGUUUGAUACUCACAGUUUAGAUGAUUUGGAUACUAUUACACCUGAUGAUGGUAAAGAUAGUUUUAUGUCAGGACUUACAAAUGUUAACUAUGACAUUGAUUUCUCUGAUAUCAGUGCCGACAACAGUAUUGCAGACGAAUUAGACACAAAACAACAAUCAAUUAAGAAUAAUGAAUAUGUGCAGAAAGAUCCUUUUAGUCCAGUACAUGAAACUUACGAUUUGAAACAAAAAUUACAGGAACCAUCACAAAAACCACUUGAUCCUAUUAUUAUGUCAGACAGUUUAAAUGCCGGAGAAACAAGUGAGACAGACAGAAAUCAACCUAUUCCAGUAUUUAAAAUUGGUGAAAUUGUAACAAAUCAAAAUAUUAGUGAUCCUACAGAUUCAAUAAUAGAUAGUAGCGAAUCAGAUGAGGUAAAAUUACCACCACCGAUUAAGCCACAAUAUAGUGGAUUCUCCAAACAAGGUUGGCAAAUACCAAGUAUUCCUUGUAGUACUGGAGAUUGCAGUUUGGGAGUCUCAUCAAAAGAUGAAAAAAUAAAAGAUGGGUCCACUGGAACUUAAAUU